CACCAGACAGAGCAUUGCCAAGGGCGUAGCAGCAAGAUACAAGGAGCCAUUUUCUGACAGGCCUCGAAGUCAAACAUGGCUAUGAUAUGACUGCACCGUAACAGAGGGGUUGUCCAAGCCAACUGUCUUUCAAAGGAUUUUGUAUUUCAUUUAUAUUCAGAAGAAGAGAGGGGAACAAUGAGUUUUGACCGUGUGCCAUCCAAGUCAGUGGUAAUGGGCUGGAAUCCACUCCAAUUGGCAGACUACAUGAAGAAGGUAAGUCGUUUUCAGGUUAGAUUAUUGCACCUUUUGUUGACAGUUCGCAACCUGUAAAUUUUUUCCUUAGUUCUCUGUCUUACAAAAUCAUAUUCAAAACUGCUUCUCAGUAUCCAUAUUAAUUCAUUUGUUUUAUGCAUUUACAGUUGGAUUUAAGUGGCUGCGAUAAAGUAAUUGUGAAAUGUAACAUAAAUGGACAAAGGUUCUUGGUAAGUGAUAUGAAGCAAAUGUGUGUCCCCUUUCCCAUGUGUUCCUUGUAUAAUUAUUCAUCUUUGAUCAGGGAUUAGAUAUUUAAACAAUGCUUUGACUGUCAUGUAAUGUAUCACUUGAUGGAAAUACUUAAUCUAUCAUUUUGUAGAACAUGACUGAAAAUGACCAUCAGAAAUUCCCCAAAAUCCAUGCACCGUGAGUAUUCAUUACUUUCUCUUUCAUUAUGUUAAGAAAACUGAACAUUUCAACAAUUACAUUAAACUAUUUUUACAUGCUCACACUGAAAACCAACAUAGGCACCCAAGUAGACUAAAGCACCCUGAAAAAGUACUCCACUUUUGGGUGGACCAUUGUGAGGCAAAAUGAAGACCACUCAGCCUUUUAUGCCCCUGAACAAUGAAUACGUUGGGAAGUAUGAUAAUUGCACAGGGAGAGGAAACUAUUCAACAGCGAUAAAAUGGAGCUACAUUAGUGUUUUAGGGCAGGAAACAGAGUAAACAGAUAGACAGAGAGACCAAGAAGGACCUGAGAGAAAGGGAGGAGUGUGGUAGGGUGCCUUAUUUGGUCCUCUGUAGCUCAAUUGGUAGAGCAUGGCGCUUGUAACGCCAGGGUAGUGGGUUCCAUCCCUGGGAUCACUCAUAUGUAAAAAUUUAUGCACACAUGACUGUGGCAUAUUAUUAUUAUUAUUAUUAUUUUAGAGAAGAACAUGUGGAGAACAGACUGAAAUUGAAACUUCGAUAUACUUCAGAUACCACAUCCUGUCACAGUGGCAGACUCAAAUAGAACUCACCAAUCACUGCUCACAAUAUUGAACAUAUGACACAUGCUCAGAACAUGACUAUAAGGCAGUUAUUGACUGUGUCGAUACACGACUGUGUGACAAAAGAUGGAAACACUGUUUGUCCCAAAAUAUGGUAGCGGUAUUGACUGCCACAAUGUUGUAUGCUCAUUCUGCAGACUCAUCUCCAAAAUCUGCUGUGAAAUCAACCGGAAAGAAGAAAAAAGGAGAUUCUUUACUAAAAGGUGUGCACCUAUUGCCAUUCUUAGCUAUUCAACUUUAGUAGUUUAAUUCAAAGCGAUAUCCAAGCACAAUCUUGCUCUCCUCUGUAUUUUCUCCAGAUCUGCAGCACCAAAAUACGAACCAGGUAUGGAUGAUUUCACAUUUUUACUGACAGACCUGACCUUAGAUCAAGUUAUUAUGAUCGACAGAGAAGCAAUUGGACCAUGAUAAAUGGCUGAUUUUACCAUUGUACUGCUACCUACUACAGAUACGCCGCAAGAGGAUCAGCCCUGGGGACCGGAUGAAUUUGUAAGUCUGUAUUUGGCUAUGUCACUCUACUGCAUUCUAUUCCUCCCUGUUUUAUUCCAUUGAAGUGUUCCUCCCUAGAUUAUUUAUCUCUUCAUCAGUAUUUAACUUGGUUGUCUGUCUCUCCCAGGAUGAGGGGAGUGACGAAGACUAUGAGAAUCCAGAUGCUGUGGAAGAUGACAGCAGUGGGGGAGAUUAUGAGUCACCAACAGAGGAUGUUGGACGUGAGGACAGUGACAACGGCUAUGAGUCACCUCCGUCUGAGGCGCCUGAAGAGUUUCCCCAUCAGCUCCGUGCUGCCAAGCCCAUGGCUGACGGUGAAUACAUUGGUACGGAGACAUCAAUACAACAUUGCCGUGCUCAACUCCUCUCACAAACGAUAUAUGUUGUGAUUUUCAAUGAAUGUAUGUGUUUCUGUAUGUGCUUCUUUAUGUAUCUGUCUCUGUGUUUAGAUAGUAAACCGCACCACAGUACAGCUAGAAGCCAGCCUCCUCCAACAACUCAACGCCCUGGGGCUGGACCUCCCCUCCCCUUUGCCAGUCACCCUAGUGUGAGUAUAUUCCCUCUGACUAUACCCCCUUUCCACUCUCUCCCUCCCUCCUUCCAAUCAGUCAUUCAACAUUACAUUUCACUCUGAUAUGAGGUUUUUAUAGUGUUAUGAUGUCAUGUCAUAGUAUCGUGGGGACCAGGUUAGAGUUACUAGAUAAUUGGCUUGGUGCCAUGGAGUCUACAUUCUGUUAUGUCAAAGGAGUUUACUGAUGUUUAUGAUAGCAUGAUUGAUGGACAGGAUAUACUGACUUGGGGUAAAGAGUAAUAACAUCAAAGAAUGGGAGUGCCCAUGAUGAUUACCAGAUGUUCGUGGAGAGACUUGUAACAGAGUGUAUAUAUGGAGAGAGUGGAUCUUUGUUCUGGAGUUAGGGAAUUUGGUAAAGGCAAAGCUCUGUCCUUCUGUUAUAACUAACCAUGUUACAAUAUUAAAUCUUAUAUGAACUCCCCAUCAAAAGUGUCUAAGUACAUCCUUACAUUCGUAAUCACUUGAUACCCUAGAAACUCAUCAUAACACACUCCUUGUAUCUGCAGCUACUGCACCCUCCCCCAUCCAGAAGAGAGCAAUCUCCCCAGCCCCCAGGCAGAAUACCUGGCAAGUGUAAGUGUACAAUCUAGAAUGUUAGUAUCUAACUAUAAAUAUAGCAUUUGAACACUUUUUAGUCCCUUGUAUUGAUUUGUAUCCUGUCUUUUCAUAUUGUUUUUUUAAAAGUGCCUGCUCCUUCUUCAAGUGCUCCCCCUGCUCCACCAGUUGACCGCAGAAGAAAGCCCACCAAACUGGAUCGCACAAGACUUGAUGAAUCUCCAAUACCAGGUACUCUCACACCACAGGAGGCUGCUGAGGGGAAAACGGCUCAUAAUAAUGGCCGGAACGGCGCCAAUGGAAUGGCAUCAAACACCUGGAAACCAUGUGUUUGAUGUAUUUAAUACCAUUCCACUGAUUCCGCUCCAGUUAUUACCACGAGCCCGUUCUCCCCAAUUAAGGUGCCACCAACCUCCUGUGUCUCACACCAAUCCAAACCCAGCAAGCAAACGUUUACUACAGAAGUUGUCUGUUCCUACACCUGCCUCUCCCACAGAUACAUGUCAUGUAACUGUUCCUCUUCCAUAAGUACAUUUCAAUGGAAACCGCCUGGCGUGUUAAUAUGGAGAGGAUGCUUUCUAUUUAUGUUAGAUUUACAUACUCAAUCACAUUUAAAGGAUUUAUCAUCACCAUAAAGCAAUGAUGUAAUGUUUUUUUUUUAUGCCCUCGUGCUGACCUGAUGCUCUGUUUGUCCACACAGCAACGCAGUUAAACACAACUAAUAGGGUGAGAAUUCACUUUGGUUAUGUUUUGAUUAGUCCUAUACAGUGUCCAAACAACGUUAUUAUCAUCCCUACAUCAUCGCAAAAAUGUCACGUGAACAAACAUAUGCAGAUAAAACCUUUUAUGUUCUUGCUGAAGUUAUAGUUGGCCUAUAUAACUGUAUAACUAAUAGCUAUAAGCAUGUCUACAUAUGAGUGUUUAAAGGCCAUCCCAGACUCUUUGCUAAUUGUUUGAAAUAUCAAGAUUUCACAAUGAAAUGUAUGACGUUUUUGUUUUCUCUCUCUCACGUAGCCUGCUCCACAUUCAUGGAGGUAAAGAAUACUUAUUUUGGUUCUAUACUGCUUUCCAAUCAUAUGAGUUCUCGCAAUUCAAUUUCAUAAUGUCAUUGACAAUGCACCUCCUUCCCUGUUUGAAUGGUGAGUAUAUUGAAUCAUGAGUAUAUUCACAACCCUUGACUUUUUCAGAAAUGUGUUGUGUUACAAAGUGGGAUUAAAAUUGAUUUAAUUGUCACCACCUUGCUUGAAAAUAUGAAGAGUGGUACUAAGUGAUGUGUUGUGUUGGAUUUUCCCCAAACAUAACGCUUUGUAUUCAGGACAUAAAGUUAAUUUCUUUGCCACAUUUUUUGCAGUUUUACUUUAGUGCCUUAUUGCAAACAGGAUGCAUCUUUUGGACUAUUUUUAAUCUGUACAGACUUCCUUCUUUUCACUCUGUCAAUUAGGUUAGUAUUGUGGAGUAACUACAAUGUUGUUAAUCCAUCUUCAGUUUUCUCCUAUCACAGCUAUUAAACUCUGUAACUGUUUUAAAGUCACCAUUGGCCUCAUGCUGAAAUCCCUGAGCGGUUUCCUUCCUCUCCGGCAACUGAGUUAGGAAAGACGCCUGUACCUUUGUAGUGACUGGGAGUAUUGAUACACCAACCAAAGUGUAAUUAAUAACUUCACCAUGCUCAAAGAGAUAUUCAAUGUCUGCUUUUUUAAUAUUUUUACCCAUCUACCAAUAGGUGCCCUUCUUUGCUAGGCAUUGGAGAACCUCCCUGGUCUUUGUGAUUGAAUCUGUGUUUGAAAUUCACUGCUCGACUGAAGGACCUUACAGACAAUUGUAUGUGUGGGGUACAGAGAUCAGGUAGUCAUUAAAAAAUCAUGCUAAACACUAUUACUGCACACAGAGUUUGUCCAUGCAACUUAUUAUGUGACUUUUUUUUCUCCUGAACUUAUUUAGGCUUGCCAUAACAAAGGGGUUGAAUACUUAUUGACUCAAGACAUUUCAGUUUUUAAUUUUUAAUUAAUUUGUAAAAUUCCACUUUGACAUAAUGGGGUAUUGUGUGUAGGCCAGUGACACAAAAUCGAAAUUUAAUUAAUUUUAAAUUCAGGCUGUAACACAACAAAAUGUGGGGAAAGUCAAGGGGUGUGAAUACUUUCUGAAGGCACUGUACACCACAUUUGUUGUACAUAUAUUCCGUUUCUAAAGCGGUGCCUUUUCUCAAGAAAUGAACCAAGCUUUAACUUCCUGUAUUGGUAACUACACUGUCCAGUUUGGGAACCUAUUACUUCACAAUGCUCCUAUUUCCAGGCCUCAGGCAGAAGAGAGGGGUCCAGACCCUCCCAGAAUGGCCAAACCCCCCCUCCCUCAGUCAAGUAGUGUCAGCAGGAGCAGCUCGUCGGUGGGCAGAGCCCCGCUGAACAACAACAGGUCUGCAGUGCACCUAGCCUUCCUCCAUCCUUCAUACAGCACAGCUCCAGACACACAUCAUGAGUCAUAUCGACUACGCAUCAACUGAUUCUUCAAUUAUCACACUGUGGUUCAGUGGUUAGUUAAGCAAUGAGGCCCGAGAUGGUGUGGUAUACGACGCAACGCGGAGUGCCUGGAUACAGCCCUUAGCCAUGGUAUAUUGGCCAUAUACCACAAACCCCCGAGGUGCCUUAUUGCUAUUAUAAACUGGUUACCAACGUAAUUAGAAAAAAGUAAAAAAUACAUACAUAUACCUGUGAUAUACAGUCUGAUAUACCACGGCUUUCAGCCAAUCAGCAUUCAUGGCUCGAACCACCCAGUUUAUAAGGAAGUACACUCAAACAGGAAUAAAUAUUUAUUUACUAUUUACUGACUUUAUUUUCCCUGUGGGAAAAUGUUGUUGCAGUGUCAUGUACACGUUUAAAGUGCCAUUUUAAAUACAAAACAAAUUGACAAUACAACUUUAAUAACAAUUACAUACCAAUAAAAAAAGAGACUAGCCUGCUGGCCUUACUGGGUCAAUAGGAACAUUAGCCAGAGAUAUUUAGGAGGGAUAUCACACCUGGCACAAAUGAUUGUCUAGUUCUGUUUUUCCUACCAAGGGGUGCCCUAUACCUGCACCCAGAGGGGAGUAGUUCAAAGUCCGGGUACAUGUUGGUGGCUUGGGUCUAAAAUGAUUUGUUCAAAGUCCGUGUACAGGGGGUGGCUUGGGUCUAAAAUGAUUUGUUCAAAGUCCGUGUACAGGGGGUGGCUUGGGUCUAAAAUGAUUUGUUCAAAGUCCAGGUACAGGGGGUGGCUUGGGUCUAAAAUGAUUUUGUGAGCCUUACAGAGGGCCCUGAUCUUAAAGAUCUCAUCCAGACCUGUCUGUUUGACUCCAAGUACCUUGCUUGCUGUGGUGAAAAUCCUUCUCAGCAUUUUUCUCUGGCUGACAGUGGCAUUUCCAAACCAACAAACAAUACAAAACGUUAAAAUACCCUCAAAUGGGGUGGCGGAGUGGAAUUGCGGUUGUUUAGUUAGUGGGAGCUAAUUGAGCUGGGGUGAAUCACUGCCACAGAUCACAGCUUUGUAGGACCUUUACUUGUUGUAGAAAGGAGAAACUCUGCAUCUCAAGAUGUGUACUGUUUUAUAAUUACCCUUCCAGUCUUCCAUCUGUGUUUUGUUUGAUUUGUUGGUUGUUGCACAUACAGGAUUUGGCUAAAUCUUUGUGCUCGCUUAUUGAGUUUAACACUAAGAAGCAAUAUGCAAGUGAAUAUAGCAACUCAUUCAACUGUAAUUUCCAUUUGUGUUGCAGAUAUGUGCCUGAUGCAAGAAAUGAGGUAAGGGUAUGUCAUGGUGUACACGUGGUGACAUCACCAUGAUGGUGGGAGUUGCUGAUAAGGAUUUUCAAACUGUGCCUUUUUAUCGUAACUGAGAAAAGGCGGUAGUUCCCCCUCAUAACAUGUUUAAUCUUAUGUCAUCAACAGGUACAAGAUGAUGGUAAGACAUUUUCUAAAACCUUUUUCUACUUGUUAAGGGAACUUUACAUUGUACUUAAUCUUCAUCCUGUUUUAAAUUGAAGGACUAUGCAGUCAUAGUGAUUGCAUUAGUCUAUCUCUCUUCCAGUGCCCAUGCCCAAACCAUACAACUCCAACACAUUUCCUAGACCAGGGCACCCUAGACCAGCGCUCCCCGGACUAUCUUUACAUUCAGACAAGUAAGAUCAGUUUUGUCAUGUCAAAGUUAGAAAUGAAAAUGCUACUAGGCUAACAUGGAGGACAGAACGUUGCAGAGGUGCUGGAAUCAUUAAAAGGUAUACACAUUUGAAUGGUAAUCUGCAAACUGUUGUUCCAUCUCUCUCCAGCUUUCCUCCUAAUAUCGCUUCAACUGCAUCUCUACCUUCAAAACUGCAGGCACUGCAGGAAUGUGAGUGCUGUGUUUUCACUUCAGUGCCCAUCAUUAAACACUACCCUGUUAAAAGAUACUGUACAGAGUGUAAAUAUAACAACUUCUCCUUUUGAUAACUGGUAUGAUUCUCCUUUCUUUCUUUCUUUCUUUCUUUCUUUCUUUCUUUCUUUCUUUCUUUCUUUCUUUCUUUCUUUCUUUCUUUCUGUCUUUAUUUCUUUCUUUCUUUCUAAGCCAUCUCACCCAGGAACAGUACUAGGAUAGUGCCAGACAGACACAUUAUGCUCGCUCCGCCUCCUGCGCAAGCUUCUAUCCCCCCACCUGCAGACCUAGAGGAUGAACAGGUGAUCCCCCACCACACAGACAGUCAGACAGACAGACAGACAGACAGAUUCUCGAAUACUUACAGUAUGUUGGACCUGGUCUAGUGACUUGCAAAGCUCAGUAGGUGGCGCCAUUGCAUUGUUAUUCUAAGGGAGUAUUGUACAUUCAGGCUGCCAACCCCUAGUCUCAACAGCUGUGUUGAGCAGAGCCCUUUGACUCUAAGACUAGUCAGCUCUUCUUGAAUAGAUCAAAUAUUUCACUAGGUCCUCAUACAAUACUGUAUGUGCAAAUAAUAGUCAUUUGGAGCAUUUAACAACUCACUUCUAUUGAACAAUGUGGAAACAUGGAUUUUUGUUAAUGUGGUUUUUUGUCUGAAGCCUAUCACAGAAAUUAGUAACAGGUCACAAAGUCACAAUCCCAUAUGAUUGAUGUGUGAUUGUGUUCCUGUGUGAAUAUGUAGGACCUGAACCAUCAGUGGUACGUUGGGCAGGUGACACGGGGCCAAGCAGAGGGCUGUCUCAGACAGGUCAACAAGGUGAGACGUCUUCUGCUGCCAACAUCACUCACACACCUGGUUGACUGUAACAACGGGCAAACUGUCAUUCACACACUGUACUCACAGAUUCAUCGUGACAAUGUUUUUUGAAGGGACAAUGCAAUAUCACGUAUAGUCCAAUGUCCAAAAUGACAAUAUACUGUAUAUAUAUAUUUAGAAAUGUGUAUAGUUCACCAGUACUCUUUGGUGAUAGAAUACAACACACACACACCACUAUAAUGUGCAAUGUUUUUCUGUUUCAUUUGCUGUUUAGGAUGGUGCAUUUCUGGUACGGGACAGUUCGAAGCGCUCGUCCGUCCAACCCUACACGCUCAUGGUGCUCUACCAGGACAAGGUUUACAACAUACAGAUCCGCUGUGAACAGAAUGAGUUUCUGCUGGGGACUGGACUGAAGGUCUCAGAGGUGACAAGAUCAGCCUCAUUUAUCCUGCCUAUGGCCAAGAGGUCACCUGGUCAGAAAUGAACUCAUAUCCCUAAUUAUGACCAGUCAGAGUAAUAUGUGUAAUUUUAAAUCAUAUUAUCAAUCACUCUGAGGACGGAGUAGUGAGCUUUGUGAACUGGAUCCAUUAAUCUGUAAUCUGAAAGUUUGUUGUAUAGUAAUUUUUACCAAAACAUCAACUACGAGAUUUGAUUAGAUGUACAGACAACCAUCUUUAUAUUUAUGUUUCAGCUUCUGUUAUGACACGGCUCAAUGAACCCCUGCUAAUGUAUCGGCUCAUGUUUUAUGUUCCAGACCUUUCCGAUGGUGGCAGACAUCAUCGCCCAUUACAGACAGUCACCACUUCUGCUGAUUGAUGCUAAGAACCGGGGAUCAGGACAGCAGAGCCAGUGUCCCCUGAUCUACCCAGCAGGUAGAGCACUAGCACGUCACUAUCCAUCUUUUUAACAGACAGCUGAGGGAGGGAGAACAAUAACAUGAAUCAAUAUUCAAGAUUCACAGUGGUUUUAAUGGACUGCCACUAACAUUAUGGGGGAAGGAGUUAUGCAACCUUUGAAUUCCAGUUCACAGUCUUUACAUGUAAGGUCAUUUCAUGUAAAGACAAGUGACUCUUGGAUGGAGAUGGUAGGUGCAGUAGCACUCUGUCAACUGUUCACUGUAUGGACCUCAGAAAGAAAAGGCCAUGUACAAUACAAUAAUAUUUGUAGUUUUUGUCUCAGUGUGUAUUUUUAUUUCAGUAUGGAAAGCACAGAAGCUAAAAAUGUCCAUGUGAGUAGUUCUGUAAAUGCUUGUGUUUGUUUGUUAUUUCCCUGUUACAUGCAACGGAAAGGUCUAGAUAGCUGCUAGCUCUGCUAUGAAUCAGAAGCAGCAUACAUUAUCCAAGUAAGGAGAUAGUGGUGUAGACAGUCAGUCACAACUGCUGAGCUUUCAUAAUAUCCUUUUUUUUGUUUUGUUUUUUGCAUUGUUUAAUGGUUAAAUGAAAACUAUAUUCUUCAAUCUCUGACACUGUAUGUUCUAUAAUGUAGC